AUGAUUAUUGUCUACGACUCUGCCACCGCCGAUACGAAAGACGUGAUGCCCCUUCUUAACGUCAUUAACAAAUUUCAAGUGGAAGGUUGGCAAGGAGAGGGGGUCAUUCUCCAACAUGGUUUCAAGGGCUUUGCCAACCGGUUUCCGGAAUUGGUUCAUCAAUCACAGCCCCAGGCGGCAGGGCCGUCUGUGAAAGAACGUACUCCGAUGAGUAUUAAUUUAGAUUCUGUGGCUCCUGUGGUUGGAGGAUGCGCUCUUCCUGAAUCAUCAUCCGCAGUCAAUCCAUUUUUCGCCAACAUUCGGCAAAAUAUGGAUUUAAUGGGAGGAGUUGGUCAAAUUCCUUUGAAGUUACCGGCUGGGUUAACGGAAUCGAAACGGCAGGAACUCCCUUCAUGGCUUCGAGAUGUCUCUGAUACGAAGGAUCAAGGACAUGCCGUCUCCGAGAAUUUUCUGAACCUUGAAAAGAAAGAACUGGAACGCAUGAAACAAGCAUUGACAUAUGAAGGCUCAUCGGCCUCAGCUGGUGGGAUCUCCAAAAAGUACCGGGUUGCGGGUAUUGAGAAAGGGACGAAGAACCGUUAUAACGACAUUUAUCCAUUUGAUCAUACUCGGGACUUCUGGCGUGUCGUUUGGGAGCAAGACGUUCGACUGCUCGUUUCUUUGACGGCUGAGAUUGAGCGAGGUCAGGUGAAAUGUCAUCCAUACUGGAAAUCAGGAGACUACGGGCCAUUCAAGGUCAAGGCCUAUUCGGAACGAUUCAUUCAUAUUGAGUCCAACGGCCGAUCAAUUGAUCCCAUGUCAAAAAACCCCUCGGGGUUUGUUGCCGAAGUGAAAAGCGCCGACGAGUCAAAUGAGAACCCAGUCAUUAUUGUCCGGCAUUUCAGUCUCUACCAUACUGCCUUUCCAUUCCAGCCUCUCCGGGAUAUUACGCAACUUCAAUAUCCUUACUGGCCCGACUUUGGAACCACUUCGCAGCCGGCGCACCUGCUUAACCUGGUCGAGCAAUGUAACAAAGUGAUUCGCGCCACCAGUAGUGCUGGGUUCGGUAGCCAGGACGCUGAACCACCCGGCCAGCGACCAAUACUUGUACACUGCAGUGCGGGUUGUGGACGGACAGGGACGUUUUGUACUGUCGACACUGUGCUCGACAUACUCAAGCGGCAACAUAUAUGGACGGCGAAGCCUGAUGCUGGAAAUUCGCUCCUGAAUUCUUCUGAAUGGACUCAGAAUCCGAGAUUGGAUCUGAUCAUGAAAACGGUGGAAGACUUUCGCACUCAGCGUCCUAGCAUGGUGCAGAAUCUGAGUCAGUUUGUACUUUGUUACGAAAGCGUGCUCGAGUGGCUUGUCACUCAGAUGGAUCAGGCUUCAUCAUGA